GUGCUUCCACCUCUCAUUCGGAUCACUCAGCACAUACCAAAUCAGCUUCGGUUAUCUCGUCGGAUUCUAUCUCCACCUCUACAGAAAACUUUUCUCCUGAUUUGAGGGUCCUCAGAGAAGCUAAUAAAUUAGCUGAAAUGGAAGAGCCCCCUUUGCUACCAGGAGAAACUAUUAAGGACAUGGCAAAAGAUGUUACUCAUAUCUGCCCAUUUACUGGAGCUAUUCGAGGAACUUUGACAGUUACAAAUUACAGACUAUAUUUUAAAAGCAUGGAAAGGGACCCUCCAUUUGUUCUAGAUGGCCCUCUCGGAGUGAUUAACAGAGUAGAGAAAAUUGGAGGAGCUUCUAGCCGUGGUGAAAAUUCAUAUGGCCUAGAAAUUGUGUGCAAGGAUGUUCGGAAUCUUCGGUUUGCUCACAGACCUGAAGGUCGCACAAGAAGAUCCAUAUUUGAAAACUUGACAAAGUAUGCAUUUCCAGUGUCCAAUCACUUGUCUCUAUUUGCAUUUGAAUACAAAGAAGUUUUCCCAGAAAAUGGCUGGAAAGUUUAUGAUCCCAUUCUGGAGUAUAGAAGACAGGGAAUUCCUAAUGAAAGUUGGAGAAUGACUAGAAUAAACGAGCAGUAUGAGCUUUGUGAUACCUAUCCUGCCCUUCUGGUAGUUCCAGCCAAUAUUCCAGAUGAGGAGUUGAAGAAAGUGGCUGCGUUCCGGUCAAGGGGGCGCAUACCUGUUCUGUCAUGGAUUCAUCCAGAAAGUCAAGCCACAGUUGCUCGUUGCAGCCAGCCAAUGGUUGGAGUGAGUGGCAAGAGGAGCAAAGAAGAUGAAAAGUACCUGCAAUCUGUCAUGGAUUCUAAUGCCCAGUCCCACAAAAUACUGAUCUUUGAUGCCAGGCCGAGUGUGAAUGCAGUAGCCAACAAGGCUAAAGGAGGAGGUUAUGAAAGUGAGGACGCCUAUCAGAAUGCCGAAUUGGUCUUCCUGGACAUCCAUAAUAUCCAUGUCAUGAGAGAGUCAUUGAGGAAACUAAAGGAGAUUAUAUAUCCCAACAUAGAAGAGACUCACUGGCUCUCGAAUUUGGAAUCCACUCAUUGGCUAGAGCAUAUCAAGCUGAUUCUCGCUGGAGCUCUUCGGAUUGCUGACAAGGUGGAAUCAGGGAAGACCUCGGUGAUUGUACAUUGCAGUGAUGGCUGGGACCGUACCGCCCAGCUCACCUCUCUUGCCAUGCUCAUGUUAGAUGGCUAUUACAGGACAAUACGAGGCUUCGAGGUGCUGGUGGAGAAAGAAUGGCUGAGUUUCGGACACAGAUUCCAGCUGAGAGUUGGCCAUGGAGAUAAGAACCACGCUGAUGCUGACCGAUCUCCUGUUUUCCUCCAGUUUGUUGACUGUGUCUGGCAGAUGACGAGACAGUUUCCCACAGCUUUUGAAUUCAAUGAGUUCUUCCUUCUCACCAUCCUUGACCAUCUCUACAGCUGUCUCUUUGGGACGUUCCUGUGUAACAGUGAGCAGCAAAGAGUGAAAGAGGGCCUUUCACAAAAGACAAUAUCACUGUGGUCCUAUAUCAACAGUCAGCUUGAAGACUUCACCAACCCUUUGUAUGCCAGCUACACCAACCAUGUUUUGUAUCCUGUGGCUAGCAUGCGUCACUUAGAGCUUUGGGUAGGAUACUACAUCCGGUGGAAUCCUCGAAUGAAACCGCAGGAACCAGUCCACAAUCGCUACAAAGAACUCCUAGCAAAACGAGCAGAACUUCAGAAAAAGGUGGACGAGCUCCAGCGAGAAAUCACCAACCGCUCCACUUCCUCCUCCGAGAGGGCCAGUUCCCCUGCGCAGUGUGUUACACCAGUCCAGACGAUUGUAUGACAUCAUGCCUACCAGUCUUCCAUAACCUGAUGCUCUUCCCAAUGUCUUGAUGCAUCCCCUGGCUGGUCUUGAUGGGAGUUGUAAUCCAACACAAUGGGAAAGCAACAGAUUGAGAAAGACUGGAGCAGACUCUUUCAUGAUGAUCCCUUUUCUAGGAAAGAAGCUGAAAUGAUUAGAAACACUUCUCUUGAGUCUAGACACUGUAUUUAUUAUGUUAUAUUUCUCCAAGGUAUUUUAUUACAGCUGUAACACUACAAGAGGUGAAAUCUUUUUUAAAAAAGACCUCUUAUAUAAUUAAUUUUCUUGUGGGCUAAUGGCAUCUCAAGACACAACUAUAGGACUUUUGUUCAUCAGCUCAAAGUCUUUAGCAUUGGUUUUUUCUGUGGAGUGACGCACUUAUACUGGGUGCAUACUUAUUUCAAACCUAGCCACCUGAAUGCAGGGGCCUUAUUGGGACAUAGUUGCACACGGUGGGUCUUGCUGAUUUCCCAUUUUACCUUUGCCCGCUUACCAACUGCUCCACAAAACAUAGAGGAAUUUGCAGGUGGAAUGCAAAUCAUCAUGAUGAAUUGCAUGCUAGAAAGAAGAACAUUCAGGAAUUGCAGUUGUGCAUAUGAGAAUUUAUGCAUUCUUGGCUUCCGACACUUAUCAAUGAUAGGCUUUUUUGUGGUUUCUCAUACUUAUAGGAAUAUGACUUCUAAAAGGAGGAACUCAAAAUUUCUGAGGUUAACUGCUUUACACAGGGAUGAGGAAACAGAUAUAUCAUCCACAUAUAUUUCUAGUGGUCUCCAUAUAAAGAAGAAAGCAAUCUAUAGGGCAGUCGUUCCCAAAUUGGGGCCCUCCAGAUAUGGAGAACUGGAAAUGUUAGUAGAUUCAACAACUGGAAAAUGUUUGGUUGAGGAAAGGCCAUUGCUGAAGAUGCAGGGAAUUGAAACCAUACAUCUAGCCAGCACCUAGGCUGGGGAAAGGUAACUUAGAACCAUCCAUGUGGUUCUACAGCAAUGUAGGCUUUCUAUCUCUGGGUGCCAUGACUUGUAGACCAGGGAGUUAAACCAUACACCAUGGUUAGCAAAUCAAAUGAUGGUCUUGUUCAUGCAGUGCUGUCAAAAAGUGGAGACAAAUAAAUGAUAUAGUGUUUGGUUUUGAUUUAGCUACUCUGGUUUGUAAAUCAUGGUUUAUGAUUUAGCAUAUUGCAUGAACAUACUAAUAGAUAUUAGAUUUAAAUGCUUUGCAUUUAAAAAGUUAUUUGAUCCCUGGUAUCUCCAGGUGAGUCUCAGAAUGACAGUCUUCAAGACCACAGCUGAUCAGAGAUGAAAACGUUUGGCUGGAUGAGCCACUAGUGUUCUCUGCUAAAGGCAGCUCCUCCUAUAUGUAGAGUAGGCUAACUUUCACAGAGGAUGGAGAGACGGGUUACAACAGCCUUCCCUAGAUGCAUUGAAGUGCAACUUCCAGGAUGCUCAAAGGGAAUAGUGGGAAUUAUAAUCCCACAACAUACAGAGUAUGCCAUGUGAGGCAAGGCUGAUUUAUAGCUCUAGCAUCACCCUUGCCUCUGAUGUCCUUCCAAGUUGUGUUCCUACAACUUGACUUUUACUGUUUUGCUUUUGGCUAAGAUCAAGUAUGGAAUCUGUACUACAACUCCCAGCAGUCUCAGCCAGCAUUGCCAACAGCCAGGAUUUAUUAGGUGUGUAGCCCAAGCAUCUUGUGUGUUUUCCAACUGCUUUGUAAAGCUUUUGUAUAUCAAACUGGACUUUAACAGCAGCUCCCUUGAGAUACAGGCCUUAGCAAACAAUUACAAGGAUGUGCCAACCUUACAAAGUAGAACACUUCUUCCUUUUUGUCAAAGUGUGCACUUCUGUUUUUGGGAAAUCAUGAUGGGGUGGGACAGGACUGAGCUGUGUCUGGUAGACACGCAACGGAAUGGGAUGGUAACGGUAAACCAUGAAACUUCAGAUUGCAGAUGGGGAGCACUGUUUUUGUAAGGACAAGUAAUACCUCUAGUAUUCCAGGAAGAUUCAAACAAUCCUCACAGUUGUAGUCAAUGGUGGUACAACCUAUUCUAGCAUUUCUACCAAGGUGGAACGAAUCCUUCCCUACAGCCCCUUGACUGUAUUAACUUGCCUUGGGUGAUGGCUUUCCUACAUUUGUGUUAAACAUGAUUAUUGGUUAUGCAUUGCCUUGAGGAAAGAGAUGUUAUAAACUGAAGAGAAAAAUGCCACUUUUUUGCUCGUUGGCAUAUUUUACCUGUUUAUGAGAAAACAGUACUGAACGUUUUAAGCAGUCUCAGCAGUCUGUUUCCACAGAAUUCAGAAAGCAUCAUCCAUAACUAGAUAUCUAAACUCCAAUAUUCGUACAUUGACAGAUGCAGGGCUUUGUUUAUAUCACACUCCUAGUUGGAACUCCUAGCACUCUUCCCACCAAGAGAGCAGCUAGGUCCUACUCACAGAUUUGGGGGCUCUCAAUACAAGCAGGUUCAACAUAAGUAUCGGUAAGAUGCUUCCAUUUAUGACUGUGUAACAGCAGCAGUCACUUGUAAUUUUCACACCAGGACCUACGGCCUCUGAGAAUGACAAAACACCCUCCCGCCCAAACAGGUUGACAGUUCAGUGAGAGACACAGAUGGUCUUUUGGGACACCUGAGACCAGCAGACUCCCUUGGGGGCACAGAGAAGAUCACCUGGCACAGCUGUCUGUCAGCCGUCCAGCCUUGGAAGCCAGCCUCCAGGCCUGGUGACAUUCAGAUGUUGGCGAGGAAGGAACUUUCCACAGCUCAGCUGCAGAAACGAAAGCAAAUGAAUGGCUAUGACUUGCACAAAGCAGUCCAUAGUGAGUUUAAUGGGCUUCUUUAAUUCAACAUGCUUUUAGAAAGUUCAGAAUUCAUUCUUAAUUAUCAAGAAAUAUUUAGAUGAAGAAUAAGUGCCAUCAUAUAUUAUCUGGAGUGCUAGGAAGCAGCCCCCUGGGGAGACAGGGAAGGGGUGGAAGAGACUGUCCAUUCGCAAACAUUUGACAGCUGUGUCCUGAUGUCCUUUUAAACUGUUUAUCCUAUGAUGCACAAAAAGAGUCCUCUAUAUAAACAAGCCAGGAAGCAAAAUAAGCUGCCCGUCUUUGAAGAGGAAUGCAGAAUGACUCUUGACAAGUUACAGGUAGAAGUCGUACUUCUGGUGCAGACUGCGACAUCUGUUACCUAACAACAUGCAGCCCAUCAGUAAAGGGAGCCAGAGAGUGGUUUGAUAAAUGAGACAGACCUAGUAAUGUCCAGUUUAUUAAUAGUGCAUAGCAUUUUUCAGCAGAUAAAGAACAUUAAAAAAAAAAAAAACUCAGAUUCACAAUCUUGCAAAAUAGCUUUGUAGAGAUUGGCCAACCAGCUUGCUUUACGAUUGAGAACGCAUGGCAGUGCUUCAGCCUCUUAUUCAAAUUACGCCAACGGCAGAAGUCAGCUAGCAUGAAAAGCUUCCCCAAUCUGGGGCACUCUCGAUAUGACUACAAUUCCCACACCAGCAUGACUGAUGGGGAAUGGGAUUUGUAGUCCAAGACAUCUAAAGGUGGGCAGGGGACAAAUCAGAGGCCUUCUGUCCAAGGUUGGGGGGGAGCAUCUGCCAACAAAGCAGGUCUGCUGAGAUUUUUCGCAUCAACCUCCUACUUAAAUCAAUUUCAACAGAUCCAAGUGCAGUUUGACUAAAGCAGGAAGAGUAAUCACACUAGUGAUGCAUCCUCAUGACAACUCCGUAUUCCACUCAUGGUUUGGAGGCAGAGUAAACAUUUUUAUGAUCCUAUUUGUGCAUUUGGAACAGAAACCUAAACUUUAUUACUAUUAUUAUUAUUACUCUGCUCUUCACACCAGUGAUCUUGAUGACAUAAAAAUGUUCCUUUACCAAACUGCUGCCUUUCAGGCCACCCCAGUCGAAGAACCCACUGUUACCUGAUUUCAUCUUUCAGAUAAUUUAUAUUUAUGUAUUUACAUAUGUAUUUGGACUAGGGCUGUGCACGUUUUGAAAACGAUGUGGAAAAAGUGCUCUGGGCCUCAGACACUUCUCUGCUAGUCAUUAAAACAGCACAACUCCCCCCCCCCUUUUUUCUCUUCUAUGAAUACGGAAAGAACAUACGGCUACUUCAGGGAGCCCAACCAUUGAUGUGAUUCUUAAAGCAGCAGCAUUUUUUUUUCUUUCAGGUUUGCAUGGAAGCCCGAAGAAGCACAGUUGCUGUAAUAAAACCGCAGCGCUUCUUCUAAUCAGCUUUGAAGCAUCCGCGGAUGUAACGCAGGCCAUUUAUAGCUUCUCCUUUUAUUGCAGCCCUGAGCACAGUCAGCGUAUCAAACCAAAAGUCACUGCCCUCCAGUUUGCUAAUUUUCAACCUAGACCCCUCAUAUUUUGCUUCAGGCCCGAGCAAAGGGUGAUUCGAGUGCCUUUUACUCAGUCUCUUUGCAAAAAAAAAAAAAAAAAAGCAAGAGG